AUGUACAGCCACCUGCGGGGUACCGGCAGUCCGGUCAGUGGACCUCACAUCCAGGCCCAAGCAGACUUGUCUAUCGUCGAUCGGAUCCUGGAGCCGCAGACUAUUGCACAUUUUGUUGGGUUUAUGUUCGGGCAGCCACUUCCCGAUGGCACCCGGCCCUCCUCCAUUGGCACGCUAUCCCAAGAUGAGCUUCCCUUUAUAAUGGGCAGUCAGCCCCCAGGGUCUGAUAGUGAAACCAUCAUGAACCGUGUCAUGAGCCGAAUUGGCUCAUUGGAGGACGGUAACCGGCUCUGUCUAGUCGGCAAAAAUAUCCAGUUUCUCAAAUCCCGUCUUUGGGAAGGCAUCGUGCCAAUGAGCGAUCAAAGAUGGCAGGAGAACGGACUGCAUCUCCCGGAAAACUUCGAUAUAGCCUGCCAGCAUUUUUCGGCUGUCGUCGCGGUGUUUGAAUAUCUCAACACCAAUCAAGUCCGAAGCAAUCUCCGCCAGACUUUCAAUCUGAUUUACGAGCACUGGGAAACGCUGGAUACGCUUCUCAACCAGAAGCGAGCGGAGAAGGGCGAGGAACUCAUCAGUGUGGCGAAUAGCUGGACCAUAUACAUCACCAACUCAUAUAAGGUGAUGACCCAGAAUGCGCAUAGCUGGGUCACGAGGCACAUUGAUGCUUUGCGAGCUCCCUUGAUGCAAGGCAUUUUGGACCAUCGGCCCCUGGUUGAAGGAAUUGGGCUCGCCGACGGAACGCAAUGGAACAUCAUGGAUAGGCUACACAUGUUGCUUGAAAUUUCCGUACGUGCAGACUACGGGAUCAUGAUUCCUAUGAACGGCUACAGAGGGUAUACAGCUCCGAAGAAUGGCAGCGGCCCAGUGGAAAUGUACGUUGCAGACUUGUCCACGCGUGGCAAGGUAUACUCCAGCCGCUUGAAGACAAUCAGUCACCAAAUAAUGAUCCAAAGGAUUAUAAACGGUGCUGCAAGUGGAGGCAGCCGUAACCAAAAUUCCGGAGAAUCCUAUCGCGACUCUGCAAUGGAUCAACUUGAAGCCCAGAACCAGGUGCGACGAGAGCUCCGUGGAGAUUCUAGUGACUCCAUACCGCAGGAGUAUUGGAUGACGUACCCCCUGGGUGCUAUUCGCCGUGCAAAAGAGAAUAAUGAGCCUAAAGACUGUGGAUUAGCGAUUUAUCGUCUCACUCAUGGGCAAUCCGAGUCCGAGUGGACGGAAUUCGUCAAGAAACUCGAAGCACACAUCUCUGAUUGGGGUCCAGGCCAGGCUGGCAGUGAUGUCCUCAAACCUUAUUUGAAAUUUCACUGGUUAGAUGGAAAGGAACUUGGAUUUGCUGAGAAUGACAUUCAAGCCGCCAAAAAACAUUUCAACAAAAUGAUGAACAACGACGAUUCCGAAAUUGAAGGCUAUAGAAAGGAAAGGGAAAAUCCAUUACUCUUGAAACUACAAUCGAAUGCCUUCCUCGCCGUUGAUUCCGCCUCCUUCGCAUCUUACACAACCGAUACCUAUGGAGCCCCAACAUCCGAAUUCCUUCCAGGUGACUUUUCCGGCUUCGUCCUCGCAAUCGACCCGAAUUUCGACCCGGAAGAGGGCGCCAGCCGACCAGACGAGUCACCUGGCUACAUCGGGCAGAUGCGCAUUGUUGGAAGUCUGGUAUGGGGCGAAUUGUAUGCAUUCCUGGAGGCUCAAUCAGCUCUCUUGGAAGACAUGUGGCCACUAGCAAUGCACCACCCGUAUCAAGUAUAUGUCGGGCCAACCGUUCCACUUCAAGUCUUCAAGUGGCGUGCCAAUAAUGCGAUCCGCUGGAGCGUUUUGCGCGAUGCAUUGAAGAUUGCAAAGCGGAAUUUGGGAUUGUGA